CUAUAACCUAGAAAAUAUUGAAGAUAAUCGUGUGAACUGCAUAUUUAAUAUUACACAAGUAUAAUGGAAACCGAAGCUAGUACUUCGAAGGAACGCGAUACAACCAAUGCAGAUAUAAAUUCAUACGAAACAAUUGAACAAAAAAUUCUUGCAUUAGCACAAACAAGACCAAAAGGAAUAUCUGAUAAAGACUUAAGUACUGAAAUGCCAGAGUUGCAACCUGUUCAAAGAGCUCAAAUUAUAAAUAAACUUUUAUCUCAGGGUCAUUUUGAUCUAUUUAAGCAAGGUGGUUCCUUGUUAUAUCGUUUGAAAGAUCCAUCUAAAGCAAAAAUAGCUAAAGGUGCUGAUAAUGAAGAAAAGAUCGUAUAUACCAUCAUUGAAGAAGCGGGAAAUAAAGGGAUUUGGAUUCGUGAUAUAAGAUUUAAAUCUAAUUUAAUGCCCACUCAAUUAAAUAAAAUUUUAAAAAGUUUAGAGAUUAAAAAAUUUAUCAAAGCUGUUAAGUCUGUAGCAGCAAGUAAGAAAAAAGUGUAUAUGUUAUACAAUUUAGAGCCAGACACAUCUGUAACUGGAGGUGCAUGGUACCAAGAUCAAGAUUUUGAAGCGGAAUUUGUUGAUGUUCUUAAUCAACAAUGUUAUAGAUUUCUAGAGAAUAAAAGGGAACAAAUGAACUCUUGUAGAGGUGGACCAAUCAUGGCUAGAAAUGUUACAUUUGCUUCAUCUAAAGAAGUAUGGAAAUUUAUCUCUGAUCUAGGAAUAAGCAAGGUGAAGUUAUCAGUUGAAGAUUUGGAGAUGAUAUUGAAUACCUUAGUUUAUGAUGGAAAAGUAGAACGUACUCUUUCAGGCGAUGGGAGCACUUUAUAUAGAGCAGUAGAACCUUUAUUAAGUCCACCUGGAUUAAUUAAAUCUACUUGUGGCAUUUGUCCGGUGAGAAGAAAUUGUUGUGAUGUUGGUGAUGUUACACCUACAAAGUGCCAAUACAUUACAGAAUGGUUGGAAUAAUAUUUUGUAAUAAAAAUAUGGAUUUAAAAUAAUUAUUUAUUUGUAUAUACUCUUUUUAUACAAAUAUAUAAGUUACGCAGAAAAAGAGAAUAAAACUAUAUAUUCUAUAAAAUAUA